AGGAACGUCCUGUUGAACACAUAUUUAACAUGAUUCAUUGCUAUUCACUUUGGAUGCGUUGGUUCGUGCGCUUGGCGAUUGUCUUCUUACUGGUAGUGUUGUUGGCGCUGAUGAGGAGUGACGAGGCGGGACACACAAACUUGGAGACACGGAAUGACACAGCAGCGGAAGUGCUGACCGACGCAGAGAGCGCAGCGGCCGUCCAGCGCGCCAGCCCCGACGUCACAGAGGCAUUUGAGAUUCCUACUCGCAAGUACAUCGUCCCAGGGUGUCCUUGUGCCAGGCAAGGGCUGGACGUGAGAAUCCUGCAGGCGAGGCAACGCGAGGCCAGAGAGCGGCCUGGGGCGUUUCCGAAGUGGUUCCUCAGCCGGUUCUCCUUCGAGGGAGAAUCCACGUGCUCGGAUUUCGCCACGCAGCGCGGGGGGAACCAGAGGGUCGUCAGCUACUCCUACUACACGACAACUGGGCAGUCAAAGCCAGGGAGCGAGGACUUCCACAAGUACCUGGGUCAGCUGUACGGGACCGCGGAGAAGGUCCACACAUCGUACCCCGACUGGGUUAUGAGAAUCUACCACAACGUCUCCAUCGAGGACGCGUUCGGCAUGCAGACGCUGUGCCACCUCCACUGCAACCACGGCCAUGUGGACCUCUGCCAUGUCCACGACCUGCCGGGCCUGGGGAAUCUGCAUGCCAGAGGCGUCGCCGGCCGUCUGUGGCGCUUUGCCGUGAUGGGAGACCCGACCGCGGAGUUGUUCCUUUGCCGAGACAGUGACAGUUGGAUCCUGAACAGAGAAGUAGCGGCAGUGGCAGCGUGGUUACAGUCUGGUCGUACUUACCACCUCAUCCACGACCACCCAAGUCAUACGCACAUCAUAAUGGCAGGAUAUUCACUCUGGAUAACUUCGUCUGUGCACUGGCAAAAACGAGUCCUACUUGUGCGUGGCUGUGUAUCAAAGCACAUGAAGAUUUAUAAGGAAAGAAAGAAGAUAGGAUGCAUUGCUGAACUAAUGAGGAUGGACCAAAGGAUUCCUUUUCUUUAUUUCCUCAUUUAAUUGACAUCUUGGACUAUUUUUUUAAAGUUAAAUCAGAGGACAGUAAUUUUUUCUCCGCGAGAGAAUGCGGACCAGUGGGUUUUUUUUUCCCUACAUAUACUUUCAGUGAUUAAUCUAUUACUGUUCUUGCCCAUAUAUUAAUCAUCUGUUUCAUAUAUUCUGUUCUGUUUCAAAUAUUACUAUUCUGUUCGGUUAAUUGUCACUGGAUACUUGAUUGUGAUUUGUACUAUGAUUAUCUUGUAUUGAAGUUUAUCAUAAAAGAUGUAAGAUGUAAGACUUUUUAGUGACAUUUUGUGAUUUAAAAAAGCAUAAGGACUUAUGGUUAUUGUGAAUUGUAGCUAUUGCUGGUAUGAUGAACGGAACCAUCAUAACAGUUGUAUGUAAAAAUAUACUGGGUAUGAAGAAUAA